AUCUUUUGUAGAAAAAGCCGACGUUCAUUUAAACGAUUUUCCAACGAUAGUCCUUUAAGACUUUAUUAUAAAUACGCAUUUGAUCAAUCAGUUGUAUGCUCCAAAGAAUAAUAGAUAAAUAACUUUUAAACUGAAUCGCCGAUAAUCGCCUGUUUACAUAAACAAAGCGAUUCAUUACACAAGUACAUAAUUCAGUCUGUUUUAGUGAAUAUGUCUGUACGCACAGUGGCUCCCGCCUUGUUAAAAUUAGCCGUGCAAGAACUUGGCGAGGUUCCUAGCCGACGAGCGGAAGAUAUUGAGUGCAUCAGGGAGUGGCUCAAGAAGAACCACUGUCUUAAGAGCAGAAUCGACAAUCAAUGGAUUUUGUCCUUUUUGAGAGGGUGUAAGUUCAGCCUGGAAAGUACAAAGAAAAAAAUAACGCACUAUUACAUGAUGAGGACAGUAGCUCCCGAGUUUUUAACAAAUAGAGAUCCAUUGCUACCCGAGUUACAAGCGUUAUUGCAGCUAGGGGUGCUGAUUCCUCUUGAAAAAUCGACAGAUCCAACGGCUCCGAGGGUGUUACUGCUACACGAUUGUGGCGGCGGCAAAGUGGUGUCGGUUACAAACAUGGUAAAAGUGGCAUUGAUGGUCAUGGAUAUAUUAGUUAAUGAGGAUGACAACUUUGUCAUUUCCGGUCACGUGGUGCUGCACAAUUUUAGAAGCAUGACCCUAAACCAUGCCGUUCAGUUGACCCCAGCCUUGGUUAAGAACAUCCUCUCCUGCUUUGAGCAUUCCUAUCCGUCCAGAGCAAAAGAAUUUCAUUACAUUAACACUCCGUCAUUUUUUAAUAGCGUUUUUAACGUGGUCAAGUUAUUUAUGUCCGAAAAGUUGCAGAAGAGAGUAAAAAUUUACGAUGAAACCUACCACAGUGAGCUAAGAAAAUCGAUCCCAAAAGAUAUCUUACCAAAAGAGUACGGCGGGGAAGGGAGUUCCGUUGCAGAGUUAAUUCAUCAGUGGAAGGAUAAAGUAGAAGGUUACAGAGGAUGGUUUUUAGACGAUGAGCAAUACACCUAUUUGAACCAGAACGGUGCCAGCUGCCUUGUUGAUGAAUAUGGUUUGAAGGGGUCGUUUCGACAACUAACUGUGGAUUAAAUUUAACUUUAUUAUACCAUCCAAAAAAUCGAUGGUUUACUUGAUUUUUUAUACUUUUUAGUAGAUUCGAUCUUCCUAUAGUAAAACUAAAUUGGCGGAAA